CAAUCAGGAAAUGUCUUAUAUACAAUGCCCUAUUUUGAACCCUGAGUCCUUCCUUCGAGGCUGAGAACUUCCCUUUCCCUUUGACUUUGGCCCCUUCUCUCCACAUGUCACUAUUCGCAGAGCAAAUGUGACUCAGAAACCGGUUCCUCAGGGUUGUAACAUUAGAUGAUGCACACUUGGGUCAUUAUGCUGUAAGCCAAUGUCUGUGUUUCAUUGGGCUGGGUUCUCUAGAAGGUAUGUUGCUGCCUGUGUUAUUGGAAAAACAUUCCACAGGUGUGGGAAGAGAGGACGUGCCGCCGGCCUCAGCUUCUAGGGACUUUUCUCUUGGCUGGGAAGGAUUUUAUGUUCAUCAGAAAUACUUCCAGAAGAUUUAAGAAGCGGUAAGGUUGACGCAAAUCUGUGAAGGACCAGCAUGGGGAUCCUAUACUCUGAGCCUGUCUGCCAGGCAGCCUACCAGAACGACUUGGGUCAAGUGUGGCAGUGGGUGAGAGAAGACAGAGCCUAUAUCAACGUUCGAGAUGGCUUGAAUGGAGACACUCCCCUGAUCUGUGCUUGUAGGCGAGGACACCUGAGAAUCGUUUCCUUCCUUUUAAAAAGAAAUGCUGAUGUGAACCUCAAAAACCGGAAAGACAGAAACUGCUUGCAUUACGCUGUGAAGAAAAAAUUUACCUUCUUUGAUUACCUACUCAUUAUCCUCCUAAUGCCCGUUCUGCUUAUUGGGUAUUUCCUCAUGGUGUCAAAGACCAAGCAGAAUGAGGUUCUUGUCCGAAUGUUGCUCAAUGCCGGGGUCGAUGUGAAUGCCAAAGACUGUGAUGGCUGCACGGCCCUCCAUUACGCUUGCCAAAUGAAAAACCAGACCCUCAUUCCUCUGCUGCUGGAAGCUCGUGCCGACCCCAUGAUCAAGAACAAGCGUGGUGAGAGUUCCCUGGAUAUUGUGCGGAGAUUAAAGUUUUCCCAGAUUGAAUUAAUGCUAAGGAAAGCAUCAUAAUCUUUGUGGCCUUGCAUGGAGAAGUAGAAAAAGUUAAAGGACUGGAUUCUAUCUCCUUUUGGGACAAUUGGUCUAUGGACCGUUGAACCUGGAUGCUAUGAUUUUUUGGUAACCAUAAUGGUGGUUUCCAUAGUUAACAUUCUGGAAGAGCUUUGUAUUUAGAAUUUUCUUUGGAGUUCAUCAUGGUCACGAUCCUUCUCGGAGAAACACUAAAGCUCUUGGAGCCUCCAUUUUGGUCCAAAAAAGGGUGACGUUUCAAAUUCAGGCUCUUCCGAAGAAGAGGAUCGGAGUUACCUGGUUCGGUUUUCUCAGCUGUGUGGCUCUUAACAAGAGGCUGUCCUGUGGAUAUCAUGCCCAGAAGACAACUCUUUCUCUCCGUCCUUUUUGAAUAGAAAGAAGAAGAUUCAAAGUAUCCAUAUUUGUAUAGACUGAUAUGUUAGGGGGUUGGGAGGUGAGCUUCAUAUGUAAAUAUUUACUUGGUGAAACAACGUCAAUAAAAUCAUCCAUCAGU